AUGACGAUCUCAUCAAAAUCACUCUCUAAAGUUGUAAUAAUGCUCAUACUUGUUUCUUUCAAUCUCAAUGUUAGUAUGAUUGAUGGUCAAGUUGCUCCUCAACCUAUUGUCAUUGUUGUGACCAUGCGCAACAAAUUGAACGAUUUGGAUCUUCAAAUUCGUUGCGACAAUGUGAAAACUCAUGAUGUAGAACAGUCGACAAGGUUUACUAGGGAUCAAAGUUGGAGUUUCAAAUUCAUUCCAACCCUUUUUCACAGAAACAGAAUUGUGUACAACUGUACCUUUUCUUGGUAUCCGGGAAUACAUCGCUUUAAUAUUUAUGAUGAGAUACGUGAUGAUCCUGCAUGCCACCAACAGUGUAAUUGGAACAUCAAAGAAACCGGUCCAUGUAGGGUUCCGGAUAUUGGUGCUCCUAAAUGUUAUCCUUGGGGAAUAUAA